CUUUGGUCCCGAGGGGCGGGGCGAGGAGGAGAACCUGCUUGGGCUGCCCGCCUGCCCAGAGUAACCGUUGGGUGGACCCGGUCAGCGCUCCGAACCUUGUCCUCGCUGCGUGCCGGCCCCUCGGAGCCCCACAGCCCGGGAAGGAGGCCGCCGCGGGCCGGGCGCCCGCUCUGCUAAGCCGACCCGCAACCCGGAAAGGCGGCGCGGCGGAGCCCGGAGCCGGAUCCUGCUCGGACUGGGCCCCUGCGGGCAGGCGCCGCGGGCAUGUCGGAGGCUCGGAAGGAGCCGGACGAGGCGGACGAGGGCCAGUACGACUCUGGCAUUGAGUCUCUGCGCUCUCUGCGCUCCCUACCCGAGCCCACCUCGGCUCCAGCCUCCGGGCCCUCGGACGGCGGCCCUCAGCCCUGCACUCAUCCUCCGGGGCCCGCCAAGGAACCUCAGGAGAAGGAAGACGCUGAUGGGGAGCGGGCUGACUCCACCUAUGGCUCCUCCUCGCUCACCGAGACCCUGUCCUUGCUGGGGGACCCCGAGGCUGAGGACCCGGCCCCACGCUCGCCACUCCCCCACGCGGGGGCGCUGAGCCCGCAGCAGCUGGAAGCGCUCACUUACAUCUCCGAGGACGGAGACACGCUGGUCCACCUGGCAGUGAUUCACGAGGCCCCAGCAGUGCUGCUCUGUUGCCUGGCUUUGCUGCCCCAGGAGGUCCUGGACAUUCAAAACAACCUUUACCAGACAGCACUCCAUCUGGCUGUACAUCUGGACCAACCGGGUGCAGUUCGGGCACUGGUGCUGAAGGGGGCCAGCCGGGCACUACAGGACCGGCAUGGUGACACAGCCCUGCAUGUGGCCUGCCAGCGCCAGCACCUGGCCUGUGCCCGCUGCCUGCUGGAGGGGCGGCCAGAGCCAGGCAGAGGACCAUCUCACUCUCUGGACCUCCAGCUGCAAAACUGGCAAGGUCUGGCUUGUCUCCACAUCGCCACCCUGCAGAAGAACCAACCACUCAUGGAACUGCUGCUUCAAAAUGGAGCUGACAUUGAUGUGCAGGAGGGCACCAGUGGGAAGACAGCGCUGCACCUGGCUGUGGAAACCCAAGAGCGGGGCCUGGUACAGUUCCUGCUCCAGGCUGGUGCCCAGGUAGAUGCCCGCAUGCUGAAUGGGUGCACACCCCUGCACCUGGCAGCUGGGCGGGGCCUCAUGGGCAUCUCAUCCACUCUGUGCAAGGCGGGUGCUGACUCCCUGCUGCGGAACGUGGAGGAUGAGACACCCCAGGACCUGACCGAGGAAUCCCUUGUCCUUUUGCCUUUUGAUGACCUGAAGAUCUCAGGGAAACUGCUGCUAUGUACCGACUGAAGCCAGGCAGGGUCUGGGAUCCUCGGGGCUCAACCUCUUUCUAUCUGGAAGCUGGAGUCAUCACUGCUGCAGUUUGGGCCCAGGCUGUGUGCUCUUCUGGUGCCCUAGGGACUGCUAUGGCCAGAGCCUGGGGCCAGCCAAUAGAGUCCUGAGCUGAGAAGGAGGGACUGCAAGUGAGAGAGAGCCAGUCUGGAAGGAGGAGCUCUCCAGAUGGACAGGGAUUCUUGGAAGACCCCCAAAGCCCCAGGUAUCCUGGGUGAAGCCUGUUUGCCUCUCUUGAAAAUGGCAGGUGCUCUUGUUUCUACCCAUGUUGGGUCAGCCUGAAACUGUCAAUCAGUAGGAAACAUGAUGGACACUCCUGAGUGAGAAGAGACGGAAAUAGGAACAAGCUGAACUCUGAGAGGGGUCCUAUCUUACUGCUGUUGAGGACCCUGAAACACUUGUUUAAAGACUCCACAGAGAAGGCUCUGAACUGAGCGACUGGGGAAGGGCAGUUUCAGUAACAUGACACUAAAAUGGCAGAGACGUUAAAAAAGUUUUUCCCUUCUA